CUCAUUCGCGGCUCGCCCGUCUCGUACCGGAUGUUCUCGGCAGCGUCGAAAAUAUUUACAAUACGCUGAAGCGGCAAAGUAUUUCAUCGUCCACGCGGUUGAGAGAGAACUUUGCGUACGUGAUCGAAUUCAGAGCGGUGUGGGAUCGCGGUGGACAGGGCAGAAGAAGAAAAGGCGAGCGAGAGUAAGAGAGAGAAGAAGAAUCGCGCGUGACAGUCACAAUCACGUAUCCUGCUGCGAUCGUGCUCGAUGUCGCGCACCGCGUGGUGAGCACCCGCGCUUCCCGGUGACAGCUGGUGACGGCAGCACAUCAACGGCUAUUCCAGCAUAAAUGGCACUGCUAUUCACCAUGUGGGACUCGACGAUGUUUCUAAGCACCCUAACCCCAAAGUUCUACGUCGCCCUGACCGGCACGUCGUCCCUCAUCUCCGGGCUGAUCCUCAUCUUCGAGUGGUGGUACUUCAGGAAGUAUGGCACCUCGUUCAUCGAACAGGUAUCGCUGAAUCAUAUCUCGCCAUGGAUCGGCAGCAGUGACAGCACCAAUGACAACAACAGCUCGAGCCUCAACAGCUCCAGUGGCUCCUCGAAUCAGCAGAACGUGCCAGAGUGCAAGGUCUGGCGCAACCCGAUCAAUCUGUUCAGGGGCGCGGAGUACCAGAGGUUCUACUGGGCCACAGACAAGGAGCCCCUCACGUACUACGACAUGAAUCUGUCUGCACAGGAUCAUCAGACGUUCUUCACCUGCGAGGGUGACACAGGGAAACCAGAAUACGAAAUCAUGCAAACGGCUUGGAGGGAGCGCAAUCCAGUAGUAAGAAUACAGGCCGCGCACAGCGCACUCGAGCGCAAUGCCGAGUGCGCACCUGCAUAUAUCCUUCUCGCCGAGGAAGAAGCCACCACUAUCGUAGAGGUGGAAAAGAUCCUGAAGCAGGCUCUGAAAGUGGCCGAGAACAAUUACAGGAAGUCGCAGAAUACUCAGCACCAGGGCGCGAUAGCCGAGGCGAUACACAGGCGGGAUACGAAUGUGCUGAUCUACAUAAAAAGAAGGCUGGCGAUGUGCGCGCGGAAGCUCGGCAAGCUCAAGGAGGCGGUGAAGAUGUUCCGCGAUCUCACGAAGGAGGUGCCACCGAUCAUGAAUGUGCUGAACAUUCACGAGAACCUGAUCGAGGCACUGUUGGAGAUGCAGGCAUACGCAGACGUGCAGGCCGUCCUGGCCAAGUACGACGACAUCAGUCUACCCAAGUCGGCGACAAUCUGCUACACAGCGGCGUUACUGAAGGCGCGACUGGUCGCGGAUAAGUUUUCGCCCGACGUCGCCAGCAAGCGCGGUCUCACCACUGCCGAGAUGUCGGCGGUCGAGGCGAUCCAUCGCGCCGUGGAGUUCAAUCCCCACGUGCCCAAGUAUCUCCUGGAGAUGAAACCGCUCAUCCUCCCGCCGGAGCACGUACUGAAGCGCGGCGACUCCGAGGCGAUCGCGUACGCUUUCUUCCAUUUGGCGCACUGGAAGCAGAUAGAAGGCGCCCUGAAUCUCCUCCACUGCACAUGGGAAGGCACAUUCAGGAUGUUGCCGUAUCCGCUCGAGCGCGGCCACCUAUUCUACCCGUACCCGACGUGCACCGAGUGCGCCGACCGUGAGCUCCUGCCGUCGUUUCACGAGGUCAGUGUCUACCCAAAGAAGGAGCUACCUUUCUUCAUUCUCUUCACGGCCGCCCUUUGCUCCAUCACCGCGCUACUAGCCCUGCUGACCCAUCAGUAUCCGGACACCAUGGGCGUAGUCGCCCGCUCAACGUUCGCCUGGCUCUCUCAUCCGUUUUAUUAUAUCCUAGACAAGCUAGAAGCCAUCUUACCCUCUAACUUAUUGCAACAGCUCUCUAGAAUAUAAGGCUGUGUUUCUAUAUAUGAUCUCUGUUGAAUUAACGACUCAUUGUGAUAUUGCUUUAUCUUCCCAGUGUUACGAUACGCAUAUAGAUACCCUUGUCAAGUAUGUGUAUGUACGAGCUGCGACUUUGCAACUUUCUCAUGACUGAUGCUGCGACAAUUAUUUACUUAGUGACGAGUUGAACUGCAAGUUCAAUCUACGACGUUGAUAAAUGUAUUUAAAAGUAAUAAAGAGAAUUAAAUAUCUCGACA